ACCUCUGUAACGUAAGUUGGCAAUACGUUUGUACGCUGUGUUUUUAGAGUAAACGGGCGGAGUCCGGUGUGAUUGUGUCGUUAGAAAUAUAACGUUUAAAGAGAAAAUACAAGAACAAUAUGGGUUGCGCUGUUAGUACAGCGGGUGAUAAAGAGGCAACGGAACGUUCUAAGAAGAUCGAUAGGGAUUUAAGGGCCGAUGGGGAGCGGGCCGCCAGCGAAGUUAAACUUCUUUUGCUCGGAGCCGGCGAAUCUGGAAAAAGUACCAUCGUUAAGCAAAUGAAAAUCAUCCAUGAAACUGGUUACUCUAAGGAAGAAAGAGAACAAUACAGACCUGUUGUAUACAGCAACACCAUACAAAGUCUUAUGGCCAUCAUCAGAGCCAUGGGGCAAUUAAGAAUUGAUUUUGCUGAUCCCACUAAAGCAGAUAUUGCACGCCAAUUUUUCACUUAUGCAAGUACAGCAGAAGAAGGUGAACUUCCUCCUGAGUUGGUGAUAUUGAUGAAGAAGUUGUGGCAAGACCCAGGAGUGCAACUUUGUUUUGCCAGAUCCAGGGAGUACCAAUUAAAUGAUUCAGCCGCCUAUUACUUGAAUUCUUUGGAUAGAAUAUCUCAACCAAGCUACAUUCCAUCACAACAAGAUGUCUUAAGAACUAGAGUUAAAACCACUGGAAUUGUUGAAACCCAAUUUUCAUUUAAAGGAUUACACUUUAAGAUGUUUGAUGUUGGUGGUCAACGUUCUGAAAGAAAAAAAUGGAUUCAUUGCUUUGAAGGUGUGACUGCUAUUAUCUUUUGUGUGGCCUUAUCAGGUUAUGAUUUAGUAUUGGCAGAAGAUGAAGAAAUGAAUCGUAUGGUUGAAUCAAUGAAAUUAUUCGAUUCAAUUUGUAACAGUAAAUGGUUUGUUUCAACCUCGAUAAUUCUCUUUCUGAAUAAAAAAGAUUUGUUCGAGGAAAAAAUCACCAGGAGCCCAUUAACAAUAUGUUUCCCAGAAUACACAGGACAAAACACUUACGAGGAAGCCUCAGCAUAUAUUCGAACAAAAUUUGAAAACUUGAAUAAACGCAAAGACCAAAAGGAAAUUUACACGCAUUUCACGUGUGCCACUGAUACAAAUAACAUUCAAUUCGUUUUUGACGCUGUCACUGACGUCAUUAUCAAAAAUAAUUUGAAAGAUUGCGGACUGUUAAUGUAAAAAUAAUUGAUUUAAUGAUUUAUACUUUGCACAACGUGAUAUUUUUUUUUGUAUAGCUUAAGGGGUUUCUUCUUGAAAACAAAAACAUUAAACAAGUAUGUAUUCAAAAGCUCAAACUGUAGAUAAAACGAAACGAAAAGAUUGAAGAAAAGUGUCUUACAGUGCCAAUAAAUCCCCAAAUAUGUUAUCUUUAAUAUUUUUUUAUCUAUUUAAGGGGGUAAUACUCUGUAUUUUUGUAUAAACUUACACUUGUUGUUGUGUCAGGGCACAAAUGCAAUAACAAAAAAGAUUUAAAAUGCCUUGAUUUGUUAUAAAAAUUCUGAUAUACAACAAAAAGUAUUUUUUUAUUAGGCUUUCACACCCCCACUCAAGAACUGAUUACGACAAAAAAAAUAAUCGUUUAUAAUCGCACUAAUUGACUCAGGAUUACAUGAUAUAUACAUUUAUAUAAACAUUCACUAAAAACAAUAAAUAGUAUUAAUUGGAAAAUAGUCUUAAAUAAAAAGUUGGCUCAUUUUAAGGAACCGUCUUUAAAUGGGAUUAUUAUGUUGUUCAAGAAACGAGACAAAUUGUAUUUAUUAAUUAAAAUAUAAAAAUUAUUUACUAUAUUUGUAUCUUGUUACGAUUUAAGAUUCGCGCAGGAUGUAUAUUACUUCCAACUAAAUUACUUUUUUUGUACUAUAAAACAAACUGAUAUACCUACUGAUUUUUUACU